AUGUUACUCGACUACGCCGAUGACAUCGAGAUAAUUGAGAAGGAAUUUGCCAAAGUGGGUCUGGCACCUGGUGGCGUUUCAUCCGUUGAGGACUUGAGUAAGGCCGAAGAGGAACUAAAAUCAUCUCUUAAGAAAUUAGCUGCCGGCGAUGGUCCCCAUUACAAAUUGGCUAAAGUAUAUUCCGCAUCAAAACAAGUAGUUGAGGGUAUCUUAACGGAAAUAGUUGCUGAUCUCAUCGACGAGGAAGAGAAUACGAAAAACUGUAAUGUUAGCAUUUGGUCUCGUCCAUGGUUGGAAAAUGGUAUUGAAGUUAGUUUUAAAUGCGGCACAGAGCCAAAAGUGACCAAGAAACACAGUGCCUAA